ACGUAAAUAAACAAGAGGCAGUUGCCAGGGCCUGUGUGUGGCGGCGGCAACUGGCUCCACCUUGCACUAUGUGGCACCUUCUCCCUCUCUUCCGCUGAUAUUCCUCUCGUUGUGAAGUGUUUUAACCGUUAAGAAUUCAUUCUGGGCCUCGCUGAAUAUGGCUGCGAAUAUGUAUUACUCCUCCGAGAGCUCCGACAGCGAGACGGCCGUCGACACGUCCAGUCUGGACUUGUCGUACCUGAUGCUGGACGCAGACUCCCUGGCUGUCCACCUCAAGAACAGCAUCCGGGAGCAGCACCUGCAGAACCAAGAUGCCAAACACUAUGGCCUGCCGACCACCAGGGAGAAACCUGCAAAAGGCAGUGAGGGAGGAACCCGACCUCGAACGGCAGGAGAUCAGGAUAUCGACGCCAGGAUCUCUCAGGUCUCAAUAAGUAACAUGGACGCUGACUUGGACAGAGAUAAUGUUCACGAUACCAUCACACACAAACUGCUCCUACAGCACAAUAUGCUGCUAACUUUGCCAUUCGAGAUUAUUAAGUUUUCAAAGUUACGGAGUUUAGAUCUGUCUAGUAAUAACCUCACACAUGUUAAUGACUUCCUGCUACAACUGCCAGAGCUGCAGACGCUCUUCCUGCACAACAACAGCCUGGCAGACGAUGGCCUCCCCAAGGACAUGUCGGUGUUGGAUAAGCUUAGGGAACUGAACCUGAGUGGCAAUCAUCUAACAAGAGUGCCCAAUCAGCUGUAUGAAAUGACUGGAAUCCGUUACUUGUAUCUUGGAAACAAUCAAAUCACAGAAGUUCUUCCAGAUAUCAAAGCUAUGCAAAGUUUACAGGUACUAAAUCUUGGUGGCAACCUGCUAGAGACAGUUCCUGAUGAGCUGGGUGAGCUACAACAACUUGGAUCUCUGGUUUUGUGUGAUAAUCGUCUCCGAAAUUUACCAAGAAGCAUCUCCAACCUUACAAGGUUACGGUCACUCCUUCUGCAUAAGAACAAUCUUUGCUGCCUUCCUGUUGGAGCAGUCAAGCUGAGGGGUCUUAUGGAGCUCAGUCUUCGGGAUAAUCCCCUUGUGACAAGAUUCGUGAAUUCGUGUGCCCGAGAGCUUAUGUAUAACCCACCUUCCCUGUUGGAAUUGGCUGCCCGAGUUAUCAAGCUAAAGAAGGUCGAGUACACGUAUCAAGAUCUUCCUCAGACGCUUGUGACAUACCUAAGCAAUGGCCAACGAUGUGUUAAUCCAAAAUGCAAAGGUAUGUACUUCACAUCAUGUGUGGAGCACAUCAAAUUUGUAGAUUUCUGUGGCAUGUAUCGGGUUCCCCUGAUGCACUACCUGUGUUCAUCCCGAUGCUCCUCUAAAACUCCUGACUAUUAUCGUGCCCUGUCCUCUGAGUCGGAUAGCGAAGAGGACGAACCUGCUGCCAGGAUGAAGAGAGUCUUGUUGGGUUAGCCAAGUUGUCUCGUUGUUGUGUACGACUUUUAUGUGCACUCUAAUUACCCAGGUUAUAUAUUAUGGUGUUUGCCAUAUACUGCAUCUUGCUAGCAAUAUGGAUUAAAUGCACUGCAGUGCAUACCUUAAACAAAAA